AUGGCUGCCCCGUCUUCGUCGGAGAUCGCUGCGGCGGUCCGCGUCCUGCAGGACGCCCUCGACGGUGGCGUUGACCUGGCGCUUCAUUUCGGAGCGUGGACCCGGCUGCAACGUCGGGCCCUGGCUAUGGCUUUGGGGGCGUCGGAGGCGACGUAUGCGGACGCCAAGGCAGCGGCGGCGACCCCACCCGUGAAGAAGGCGCCGGCUCGUCCGCCGGCAGAGGUCGCCAAGGCCAGCUCGCCGGCGCCAUCCACAGUGACACAGCCGGCGUCCGAACCCAUGGGUCACUUGGAUGCAGGCGCUGGCGGACAGGAUCGCCCGGCAGUGUUUGGCAAGUCGCCGCCCCCGGCGACCUGGCAGGAGGUCGGCUUUCAAAGCCUGGAGCACGCACGUGCGGCCCAGGCGAUGAACUAUGUGUCGGCCCAGGCGUUCUAUGAAGCCAUGGGGCGGGGCGAGCUGCAGGUGGGUCCCACACCGCGGCCGCCCCCGCCCCGACAGCCGGCUGCACAGGCGUCGUCCUCGUCAGCAGGCGCCGGCCCGCUGUCCGACUACCUGGCGGAGGCCGACAGGAAGGCUGCCGAAGACCGGCGUAUGCGCGAGCUGCAGGAGCGCAUCGCCGGCGAGUUGCGCCAAGGCGAGGCGGAGCGCGAGGCAUCCGGCUCCAGGCCGGCGCGGGCAAGGAGCAGCUUCCCGCAGCCGGCGACCACCUCGGCACCGGUGCAGAUGCGGUACCCGAAUGCCAACCGGGAGACCGGCGAAGGCUUCCCGGCACUCCCUCGCAAGCCGGCGCGCAAUGCGUCGAUCCGGGAGCUGCAGGACCACGACCGGGACUACCGGCGCAUCGUCGAGGACCGCAAGGCGUUGUGCAGUGAGGAGUGGCGGCGACACGUCGCUGCGAUGGAACAGCCAGGCGCGCAGUCGACCGAGGCCAUCAACCACUCGGGCCUGGCGCAGCUGGCGGUCGCAAACCUCCGGCAGCUGGACGACCUGGAGGCGGCCGCGGCGUCCGGCACCGGCCCGAUGCUCCCCCAGGCGACCGGCGCAUCCUACUUCUUUGUGCGGAAGCUACCCGACGGCGUUCGGGGGAUGCGGGUGCCGGAGCGCCUCAACGGCGAGAUCUGGGUGGUGGGCUGGUGUGGCCACCCUUGCGGCGCUGGCGACAACUGUCUCUCCAGCGUCGCCCGGUGCCUUCGGCCAGUGGUGGUUCGGCGAGGCGCUGGCGCCAACGCCGGCGACCUGACGGCACAUGACCAUCACGACUGUGCCGAGUGCCACAGGGCGUCCAGGCGGGGCCGCGACUACUAG